GCUCUCUCUCUCUCUCUCUCUCUCUCUCCAAGAAAACCCUCCCCGUACUUCGUACGAGAGCUCUGACCUUUGACCUUCCUCUCAUUCUUGCAACCGGAGCAGGCGGAGAGUUCGAGAAUGCCGAUCCUUGUAGCUCAGAAUCUUAUCGGUGCCCUGGAAUCAUUCUCAAUAUUUAUAUAGCAUUUGCUCCACCCUGCUUAUGCAAUAUCAUAUAUUGAUCAAAGCUGUUAUUGUGAAAUUAUCGACAAGCAUGAUUGGAGUUGAUGGAUUAUCUGCAAGAGACAGGACAAGAAGUUGCAUAACAUAGUUAUGAUUCUUCUUGAUCAUGCAAGACAUGAAUGCAUAUUCAAUUAAGACUUCAACAUGUUUACAUUUUCCACUUAGGAUGGCUCUUGUCCUCUUUGUCACAAUGUUUGGUGCCUAUACCUGCUACAUCUGUUUGAAUCAGAUUUCUGUUGAAAGAUCAAAGAGUAUGCUAUUUGGUACCAUAGUUACACGAAAUCAAUGCGAGAUUCAUGCCAUCCCACCUGAGGAGAUCCCUUGUGUGCAUUUUCCACAACCAAAAACUUAUAGCAGGGAUGAAUGCUCAUGCACUCCUGUAAGGUUCUUUGUUAUUUUGUCCAUGCAAAGAUCCGGCAGUGGGUGGUUUGAGACAUUGCUAAACAGCCAUCCAAAUAUCAGCUCAAAUGGGGAGAUUUUUUCUGCCGCAAGAAGAAGAAAUAAUAUCUCAACCAUUAUAAACACAUUAGAUAAAUUGUAUUCCUUGGACUGGUUUAGUAGUGCUGCAAAAAAUGAAUGUGUUGCUGCAGUGGGAUUUAAGUGGAUGCUGAAUCAGGGAGUCAUGGAUCAUCACAAAGAGAUACUUGAUUAUUUCAAGUUGAAGCAUGUUUCUAUCAUUUUUCUUUUUCGGAGGAACAUCUUACGAAGGCUUAUUUCUUUGCUCGCUAAUGAUUACGAUAGAUAUGCAAAGCAGCUAAAUGGUAUUCACAAAUCACAUGUUCAUUCAACAGAAGAGGCUGAGGUUCUGGCACGAUUCAAGCCCACAAUCAAUGUGGCAGUUCUGAUGGCCAAUUUCAGCUAUGUUGAGAGGACGAUAGCCGAUUGCCUGCAUUUCUUUAGCAGCAUGCGCCACAUUGUAUUGUAUUACGAAGAGAUCAUCGGCAAUCAAAAUGCUUUAUCUCAUGUACAAGAAUUUCUCAGUGUUCCUGAGAGGAAAUUAGUGAGUCGGCAAGUGAAGAUUCACACCAGGCCCCUACCAGAGCAAGUUACAAACUGGGAAGAUGUUUCCAAGAUGCUCAAUGGGACACGGUAUGAGCAUUUUCUUGGGCAUUCUGAUUAUGGUGGAUAAUGUUUAAAUGCCAAUUUUAUUCAUGUUCAGAUUAGUUGGUUAGCACAGUGUGAUGAAAUUCUUGAAAGUAUCAUUCUUGGUGAUUGAGGAGUACAGUUUCAGUGACAAAAUGUAUUUGUUAGAUGAAAUAACCUGUUAACGAAAACAGGUGUUUUAGUUUCAGAUAAAAUGAUUCUGCUGUCAA